GCGCCUGCGCGGCCCCGCACCUCGGUCUUCCGCGGGGCGAGCAGAAGCCGGCUGGGAUGAUUGUGGAACUAGACAAAACGACUGUGCGAAUGAAAAACCCUGACCAUGUGAGGGGGAUAAUCUCAUCCAUCAAGAAAGAUGGAAUAAACAAACUGCAGGUCAUUUCUGAUUUUGACAUGACUCUGAGUCGGUUUGGAUGGAAUGGACGGCGGUGCCCCACUUCGCACAAUAUCUUAGAUAACAGUCAUGUCAUUACUGAAGAAGGCAAGAAAGAGUUAAAAGAUCUGCUGCAGUAUUACUAUCCCAUUGAAAUCGAUCCCAACCGGACUUUGGAAGAGAAAUGCCCUCUCAUGGUUGAAUGGUGGACUCGGGCCCAUGACCUCCUAUCUGAGCAGAAGAUUCUGAAGAGAGACAUUGCCCAGAUAGUCAAAGAAUCGGAGGUGAUGCUGAGGGACGGAUUCAAUGAAUUUUUUGAUCAGCUCCAUAAAAACAAUGUGCCCGUGUUCAUCUUCUCGGCUGGCGUGGGUGAUAUCCUGGAAGAAAUUAUCCACCAGGCCAAUGUUUUCCACCCAAACAUCAAUGUGGUGUCCAACUACAUGGACUUUGAUGACUAUGGCAUCCUGAGAGGUUUCAAAAGUCCACUGAUCCACACCUACAACAAGAACAACUCGGUCCUAAAUGAUACAGAGUACUUCCAGCAGCUGAGCACCAAGACCAGUAUCAUCCUGCUGGGAGACUCCAUAGGAGACCUCACCAUGGCAGAUGGGGUCACCAGUGUGAAGAACAUCCUCAAGAUUGGAUUCCUGAAUGAUAAGGUGGAGGAGCAUCGAGGAAAGUACCUGGAGUCUUAUGACAUUGUACUGGAGAGAGACGAGACGCUGGACGUGGUCAAUGGCAUCCUUCGCUACAUCUUCACAGAAACCUGAGCGUGGGACCUGGGAUCCCAACUCAGGCCUCUCAGGAUGGCCCCUAGGGACACUUUCUCCAUUGCUCAGUCAGGGAUUUUUUGAUGUCAUUUUAAAUCCAUCCUGAUGCCCUUGGCAGCUGCCCCUUCCCACCCCCCGGGCAGCCUUGUGUUGUGUCCAUCACCAACUUUGAUCAAACUGCUCCUUUUGUCAAUGCUGGAAUUAGAGGCUGAGCUCCUCCAGACUGCCCUCUCCCCUGAUCUCUGCACACCACUGCAAAACCUGCAACCCCAAACCCACACAGCUCCAGGCCUAUAGAUGUUCCAGCUCUGAAGCAAACUGGAUGUUGGAUGGAGACACCCUUGGCAGCGGCACACAGAAGUAGGAUCUCUGCUGAGCCCUGGGCUUGGAGACAAACCUUCUUCCAUUGGUUUGGGCCUAUUGGGUUUUGCUGCAUCAGCUCCCUUUGUAGGGAAGCAGCUGCCUCGCUCUUGGUUUUCUGGUUGUGUUGCAUGCAAAUUGCAAAGCACCCAGGCUGUGCUGUACCAAGUGGGUCAGUGGCACUGCAGCCAUUUAGCCUGCUGCCUGCUGGUAUGGGUGAGUGCCUGCAUGGUCGUCUGCUGAGGAAACCCUCUAGAUCUGCUGUCUUGUAGCCAAGCCAGCUCCUCUAUGCUCUCUGGUCAGUGCUCUGCUGCUUCUACCCUAGGAUCUUGGGGGUCUGUUUGCAAUGCUGCCCUCUGGUGUUACAUGCUGCCUGUGAGUUAAUUUAGAGCGCACUGCUCUGAUCCUCCUGCACCCUGGGAAACCAGAAGGGCUGAGCGUACAGACCCUCUGCAAUAGAAACUGAGCCUGGAGCAAGAGCAAAAGAGCUGUGUUAGAGCACAGGCGUGCAAUAGCGUGUGCAUAGGAGGAGGCCUUAAAGUUGUAACUUGGAACAUGGAAAACCGGAAUUUGAGGGGUUUGUGUGGUCCUGAUGCUGUAUGGUCUCCAGGGUACCUGCUCUUUGACUGCCUCCUACCUGCUCAUGGGAUGACACCUGGGUUUAGCCAUUACUAGGGAGGAGGAGGGUUUUGCUUAGUGGCUUUCCAAAUGGCAGGAGGACUGGAUUGAAGUGUGCAAUGAAUCCUACUUGGAAAUGGCUCAUGCAAGGCUUCCUCAGCCCUUCAGGCUGGGCUUUGGCUUGCAGAAGCUGCAAUUAAUUUGCCAGGAAAUAGGUUUGUCUUGAAGGGGAUAGAGUCUGAGGUGAUGGACAUUAGGGUACAGUGUGCACUGGUUGCCACACAGCUGUAGGGCUCUGGGGUAGUCAGUUUGAAGGCUAUGGGGCAGGAGGAGGGAGUGAUCUGUGUGUUGUCUUGUUUUAAAAGCAGCAUAUUGUGUGUUUAUAAAUAGCCUCUAUUUUUGUAAAAUUUCCCAUGUAUCAUACAUA